AUGAAGAUCUCUACUUUACUCACCUUGACCUUUCUUACUGCCGUCACUGCAGCUGAUAUGAAUAAUUCCGAAAAUACCCUCGUCACUCGCGGCAGUCUCAUCGUUAAAGAUACUCUUGUCGAAUGCAGCAACAGCAAUGAUUGCCAGAACGGCGCAGUCUGCAAAAACUUGAAUGGGAACUGCUACUGCUACCAGAAGAAAUGUGUCUAUCUCCGCCGUCGCGAAUAG